AUGUACAUCCGCUCACUUAUGUUGUCUGCCAUCUUGGCGAACCUGAGCCUCGGGGCUCCGGCCGAACCAACGCAACCUCAAACCCCGGAAGACUGGUCGCUCUUAGGCUUCCGACGAGUCUGCGAGCAGGAACAAGGCAGCUGUAGCUACAGCUUCCUCAUUUCCGAAGACUCGGCAAAAGCGCCGAAAUAUUGCGACUUCGCCAUCGACGCCGCGGAUGGACUCCCUGCAUACCAGACCGAUUUCUCGUCUAUCAAGUGCCCUGGUGCUCCCGAAUACACCAUCAACGGUGGUUGGGAUGAGCGUGAAUUCAUCACUUUGACCGUCAUCAACGACGAGAGACAGCUCCUGUCCUUCUUUGCCUACAAGGAUACUGACUUGUGGGCCGGCAUUGAAGCCUCGCCCCAGACGUCCAAAGUAUUCCUCUAUCCUCUGUCGGCCAAGCGAGAUGUCGAAUCUAGGGACGAAACGUCGGGCCUGGAGUACGCUGCGGACUGGAAGAUCUUGAACCUCGUCAGAUAUGAAUUCAACCGAGGCGCGCCUUACACCGACGCACUGAUCAUGUCCUUCCGCAUCCAAGCUGGAGACGCUCCGACCGAGACGUGUCGUCUCAUUGUUCCGUUGUUCGAAGGCACCAGACCCCUUGGCAAGAGUUUCGCCUACGAAGAAUGCAUGUCUGGAGGCUGGACGGUCUCGUGGGGCCACAAUGAGACCACGAGCGAAGCUGUGAUGACACUGAUGAAGUAA